UGUGUAUGUGUGCGCGCGUGUGUGUGUGUGUGCGCGCGCCAGGGCAAGUGGGGAGGAGGGCGCAGCUCAGGACAGGGAGGCCCUGCUAGCAGGUCCCGGGGUCCAGGUGGCGACACGAGCGCUCCGUCCGCCCGCAGCGGGCGGGUGGUUCCCCGAGCCCCUCCCACGCGCGUGCGCGCCCGGGUCCGCCCUCCCCGCAGCCUCGACUCCCGCGCGGCGGCGGCGGUUCCUUCCCCCUCCCCCCAGCCCUGGCUCCGGGGGACCCCGCGAUGCCGGUCCGCACCGAGUGUCCCCCGCCGGCGGGUGCCUCAGCCACAUCCGCGGCCUCACUCAUCCCGCCGCCGCCCAUCAACACCCAGCAGCCCGGCGUGGCCACCAGCCUGCUCUACAGCGGCUCCAAGUUCCGCGGCCACCAGAAGAGCAAGGGGAACUCGUACGACGUAGAGGUGGUGCUGCAGCACGUGGACACGGGUAACUCUUACCUUUGUGGGUACCUGAAGAUUAAAGGCCUUACAGAGGAAUAUCCAACCCUUACGACCUUCUUUGAAGGAGAAAUAAUAAGCAAAAAACACCCUUUCUUAACUCGUAAGUGGGACGCAGAUGAAGAUGUCGAUCGGAAACACUGGGGCAAGUUUCUGGCUUUUUAUCAGUAUGCGAAAUCAUUUAAUUCGGAUGACUUUGAUUAUGAAGAACUGAAAAAUGGGGAUUAUGUCUUCAUGAGGUGGAAGGAGCAGUUCCUGGUUCCGGACCACACAAUCAAAGACAUCAGCGGUGCUUCCUUUGCUGGCUUCUAUUACAUCUGCUUUCAGAAGUCAGCAGCCUCCAUAGAGGGCUACUACUACCACAGGAGUUCAGAAUGGUAUCAGUCCCUCAACCUGACCCAUGUUCCCGAACACAGUGCACCCAUCUACGAGUUCCGGUGACAGUGGCUCAGAACAGCGGCCAAAUAAAACUGAACUUGGCAACAAAGAGCUUUGCCAAGGAAAUUAUGUACCUGCCAGAACCAGGAGAGGUGUGUUCCUGUUUCUUCAUGAGCAGACUUCAUCAGAAAGCAUGAAUGUUAAUUUAACAGGACCCAAGGCGCAUAGCCAACCUGCAGGCAGGCAGAGGGAACUGUCCAAACCCCCCCCCCCCACCUUCCUCUCUGCGGCGUUGUGGUCACCAUGUUUCUGAGCUACCUUAAAUGCACUUUCCUUCCUGCACAGCUCACUUCUGCAGCAAAGAAAUGCCAUCUGUCCUCGGCCCACCUCGUGCCGAGUGGAAGGAAGGUCAGCUCCUGGGUCACCUCAGCCUUGGUGCUCAGUGGUCCCCACCCAGGCCCUGCUCCUUCCCCAGCUGCUUGUUUGGUAGCCCAAGGAAAGGCAGAGCCCAGCAUAGCAUCUUAUGCCCCAGAGCUCUUAUGUGAGGAGUUGGCUGGGCCCAGCAUCUACCACCAAUGAAAUGAGGUGGGACCCUGGUGUGCCUCAUCAGCGUUUGAUUCCAGUUUGGAUGUUUUGUGGGGCCGGUGGCUCUGCUAAGCCCUGUACUGUUCACAGUGCAAGACUCGCACAUGGCUGUCAGGUUUCCUGGGCCUGCUGUCGGGGAUCACUAAAUUUAAGGCUUCCAGAUCCCUGGUGGGAGUAGAUCCCAAACUGCUUUCUCAGUACAUUUGCUCCAAACUUCUGAACUUGAGGGCAAUACUAAAAUAAAAGAGUUUUUUAUUACAAAAUUAUUAUUUUUAUGGUACCUUUAACAAGGACCCUAUAGCAAAUGCACAAUUAUUCCGAAUUACAUUUUAUCGUUUUCACAUUGAAAACAGCAAAUGUUGACUUAGUGAUUUUUAUAUCUAUGUCUAUAUGUAUAUUUAAUCAACCAGCAGUUUUAAAACAAGUCAUCUGGUACAAAAGUUUCUCAGCAUUGCAUAAAUUACAGUGCUAAACACAAGAACUGUUUCCGGGGCCAGCUGAGCAUUUGUGCCUCCUCCUUUUGCUACUCAAAACAUCAGUGUGUCAUGACAACCUUUUCCAAAGGCAGAAGGGUCUCCAUUCUCCGGAAAGGAUGACUGAAAUGUUGAGAUGGGGUGGGCAGGAAAGAUAAAUGCGCUCAAAUAACUCAAGGCUCGUGUGCCAAAGUGUGGGGGAGGGGAAUGGUUUGGUUUGGUUUGGUUUGGUUUGGUUUGGUUUGGUUUUUCUAAAUGUUUCAAAAGCUUGAUAAGUUGGCAUCAGUUGUAGUCCACAGAUAAGGUCAGGGCUUUGGGGAAUUCUGGUGGUUUACAGGUUCAAACACAAGAGGAAAAAGCUUUAAAGUAAAUACAGCAUCAGGGCUGGGAGUGCAGCUGAUAGAACACUAGCUUGCCACAUUUGAGGACCCUGCUUCCAUUCCCAGUGCUGGAUAAAGGAACGCCAAGGGUAGCAGCAGGUUGACUGUCCAUGUUCUGUGCUGUAUGUUACUAAUCCUGACUGUUCGGGGAGCCUUAAAAGAGCAGGAGGAGGAAAGGAACCAGCAGGUCCUUGUGAUAUCUGUAGUCCUGAGACUGUGAGCAGAGUACCGCUUACCCAGUCAGUAAAAUCAGGGAAACCCAGAAACCACAAAAAUAAACCCCAAGACUUAAGUAGAAAAAAUAAUUCACAUCCAUUGCUAAUGCUGAAUCACAUGGCUCCUUACCUUUGAAAAGCAAGCUGGGUAUGGUAAUGCACCUAUCUAUAGUCCCAACUACUCAGAAGUUAGGGUCAUUCUCAGGUGAACCUAGACUUCAUCUCCAAACAAAAGACAUCAAAAUUCAACUGAGCAUCAAAUGGCUGACUUACACUCCUGGCCCACCAUCACUUCAGUUAAGCUAAAGGACAGCACUGAAGAGUGAAGGAGGUUGAGGGACUAUGCUGGCAUUCUCCCUGCAGCACAUACUCAACUCCUCUGCUGUCCUUCUGACCAUGCCAGUCAACCCUUGUGUAUACCAUGCAAGUAUCAUUCGGCAGUAGGUGGCAUCACCCUGAAACUAGGGCUUGUGUGUCGCUCAAGUGGCACAUGAAUGAACAGUUUCUCCUGUAAACUGGGCAGGUCAGGUUGUAGCAUAGGGACAACACACACACACACACACACACACACACACACACACACACACACACACACCCUUUUUCUUUUGGUCUCUUUGAAGUCAGGUUCUCACUGUAACUCUGGCUGUCUUAGAAUUCACUAUGUAGAUCAGGCUGACCUUGA